CGAGCUCUCUUCCUCGCCGCAGACAGAGCAGAGCAGCCUCUUCAGGUGAGCGAGGGCUAGCUAGCUCGAUCUAGCCUCCUCCUGGCCACUGCAGCCGCCUAGCUGCCUCGAGCUGUAUAGCUAGUGGUAUAACCAGAGGCAUCCGCCAUGGGCGUGGGCAAGGUCCUGAACGAGGUGAAGCCGUACCUGUACAUGGUGCUGCUGCAGGUGGGGUUCUCCGGGAUGUACAUCGUCUCCGUCGCCUCCCUCCGCCGCGGCAUGAGCCACUUCGUCCUCGUCGUCUACCGCAACCUCGUCGCCACCCUCCUCAUGGCCCCCUUCGCCCUCCUCUUCGAGAGGGGAGUGAGGCCCAGGAUGACGCCGCUCAUCUUCCUCAAGGUCAUGGGGCUCGUCCUGCUCGAGCCCGUGCUGGACCAGAACAUGUACUACCUGGGCGCGAAGCUGACCUCGGCGGGCUUCGCCUCCGCGCUCGUCAACAUCCUCCCGGCCGUCACCUUCAUCAUGGCGCUGCUCCUCAGGAUGGAGAAGCUCAGGCUGCGGAGCCUCCACAGCCAGGCCAAGAUCUUCGGCACGGUCUGCACCGUCGCCGGCGCCGUGCUCAUGGUCCUCUACCACGGCCCUGUGGUGCAGUUCCCGUGGACCAGGGGCCACCACCACGCCGCCGCGGCCGCCGCGGCGAGCCAGAGCAGCGCCAGCUGGCUCAACGGCGUCGCCAUGGUCAUCGGCAGCUGCGUCACCUGGGCCGGCUUCUUCAUCCUCCAGUCGAACACGCUGCAGAGCUACCCGGCGGAGAUGUCGCUGGCGGCGCUCAUCUGCGGGCUGGGCACGCUGAUGAGCGGCGCGGUGGCGCUCGUGGCGGAGCGCGGCGACAUGAGCGUCUGGGCCAUCGGCUUCGACACCCGCCUCUUCACCGUCGUCUACUCCGGGAUCGUGUGCUCCGGCGUGGCCUUCUACGUGCAGGGGAUCGUGACGCAGGUGCGCGGCCCGGUGUUCGUGACGGCGUUCCAGCCCCUCUGCAUGAUCAUCACCACGUUCCUGGGCUCCACCAUUCUAAAAGAAGAAACCACCAUGGGAAGCGUGAUUGGGGCCGCGAUCAUAGUGGUGGGUCUCUACUCCCUCAUCUGGGGCAAGAGCAAGGACCACCACGGCAAGCCCGGCGCCGCCGCCGUCGCCGAGCUGCCCACGACGACCCCGGCCCCCGCCGCCGACGGCAAGCGCGCGCUCGCCGCCGACGUCGAGACGCCGCCCGUGGCCAAGUGCGCCUACUGACAACCCGGCCGGUCGAGCUCCUCCCAUUACACCGCACACCAGUAGUGCGUGCACGCACUGUCAGUGGCUGUAAUUCUCAACGAGUGUCCUGCUUGCCCUUUCGAUUGCUCUGCUCUCGUAGAGACGGGACUACAUCAACUACCAUUCUGCAUUAACCGCUUCCGUUUGACCUGAUCCGCAUCAGCUUUUGCCUUUGAUUUGUUCUGCCACCACCACUAAUUAAUAUAAAGCUUGUUUAAUUCGUGUUCGAGAAAUCAAAGAAAAUUGUUGGA